AUGAGCAAUUUGAUUGCCACCUCGUUGAAUCUUGCCACCACAGAGCCAUUCAAACUUUCACAGAUUUUUUUGCCUGACAUCGAAUCCCAAAAUCCGUCAAGCACAUUGGAAUCUACAGGAUAUUUAUCGAGAGAAAAAUGUUUGCCAGGAUCCACACCAGUAACAAAUAAUGAGACAGAUCAAUGGUCUACAGCCUCGAUUACGACAAGUAAAGCCAAUGCUUUAGAGGGCAUGGAAAAGUUUAUCCUAAAAGGCGGCUGCUCAAAGACUUUCCCUCGCCCAGAGACUUCACCAAGGCAUUACCCAUUUACCGAAAGAAAGUUUUGGACAAAAGAAGAGCAUCGUCACUGGAAACGCGCUUAUGAAGAUGGAGCGAUUGACGGGAUCGGGCACAGAGAUAUUAUCGACCAUCUU